CAGUAGGCAAAAUACACUUGACACUUGUCGUUAUAGAUGAGUUCAUCAUAAUUCAGGCAUCUAUUUAAAAUUGGAUAGAUAAUGAUUUCUAGUUAGUUUAACAGAAAAUUUAGCAAAAUUGAACGUUCCAAGAUCCAAAAAAUUAUGGGUCUCUUCGGUAAAGAACCUCAAAAAACACCGAAAGAUCAGGUUAGAGAAUGGAGGUCAAAAUUAAGAAAAGAAACCAUGGCCCUUGACAGGCAGAUAAGAAAUAUUCAAAGAGAAGAAGCAAAAGUGAAAUUAUCUCUUAAAGAUGCAGCCAAAAAAGGUGAUAGAGACUCUUGUGUUGUUUUGGCUAAAGAAUUGGUUAGAUCGAGGAAAGCUAUUAACCGUAUAAAUGUAUCUAAAGCGCAAAUUAAUUCCGUCAUGCUAAAUAUGGAACAACAAUUAGCUAAUAUUAAGAUUGCUGGUGCAAUACAACGAUCAACUGAUUUAAUGAAGUGUAUGCAAAAUUUGGUCAAAGUUGGCGAAAUUUCCGCAACAAUGCAAGAAAUGAGCAGAGAAAUGAUGAAAGCUGGAAUAAUUGAAGAAAUGUUGGAAGAAACAAUCGACGAGGCCACUGGUAUCGAUGAUGAUGAUAUGGAAGAGGCAGUUCAAUCUGAGGUCGAGAAAAUCUUAUUUGAAGUAACUGCAGGUAAGCUUUUCAAAAUUAUCAACAUUACAUCGUAUUCUGAAACACCUUUUAUUUCAUUUCAAGGUGCAAUGGGCAAAGCUCCAGAAAUCUCAACUAAGGAACCGACCGCUAAACAAAGUACCAGUAAGGUCGUUGAAGAAAAGGAAGAAGAAGAUGAAGAAGAAAUUACCGAAAUGCAAAAAAGACUAGAAGCGUUGCGAAGUUAAUUUAUCGAGCUAUAUCUUCGCCAUAAAUGUGAUUGACUACUAAUGUUUAUUAUAUCCAAUUUUAAAAUAAACAUCAAUUGCUGAUGUUUAAGUUACAUAUUAUAAAAUAUCGAAUCUGAAUCAUCUUUAAAUUACACAUUAAUAACCUAAAUAAUCUUUUAUCUCAAUGAGAAAACAAAAAAUGAAUUAAACUACUUAUUUUGGAAUUUUUUCCCAUCA